ACAGCUCUGUCCACAACUUUAUAUUUUUAUUUUAUUGAGUUGACUGACGUGAUAAAAUGCUAACAUUAUUUGUGUUGAGCUCAAUGCUGUAAAGUUGGAUGGAUGUAGCUUUCGAACAUCUUUCUGGUUUAUUUUAUAAAAGUUUAUUUUGUGUAACUUAGUUUCUCCGACAUCAUCAUGGAAUCAACUUCUGUAUUUGAAGACCGUGAAAAUUUAAAUGAUUUCUUAGAAGAAGCAGAACUACAACAGUAUUAUGAAUUGUUUAGAGAUAUUUUGAAAGUUACAAAAGUUUCCCAACUGAAAUUUGUGCUCACAGAAGAUUUAGUUCAGAUUGGACUCUCGAGGCCUGAACAAAGGCGUUACAAAAAGAUCUACUCGAAGUAUUUUCCGAACCCAUACAUAUCGAAGAUAAGAAAAAUGUUGAAACCAUCCAGGAAACGAGACCAGAAUUUUCACGGACAUACAUCAAUUCCACUGGAAAUGCAACCAGUUUUUGAAAAUAACGUGAAAGUGCCUACGAAGCAUAUCAUUUCUAUCGAGGAUAUAACUAUUAACAAAGAGCUUGGAAUGGGUCAAUUUGGUGUGGUGCAACAAGGAACAUGGACUACAGGGAAUCAAAGACUGCAAGUAGCGAUAAAAUGUCUUGGUCACGAGAGGAUGACCUCAAAUUCGACAGAGUUUUUGAAAGAGGCAGCAGUGAUGCACAGCAUCGAACACCCGAACAUCGUCCGUCUGUAUGGUGUCGUACUUCACCUAGACUCCUUGAUGCUGGCAAGUAUACCUUACAAAAACAAUAAUGUGACCGAAUUGGCGCCACUUCGUUCGCUCUUAGAGUGCUUACGUGAGGUAUCAUUACGCCUCAACUUCCCAGUGCCGAAUCUCUGUGAGUUUGCCGAACAGAUCUGUGAUGGAAUGUCGUAUUUGGAAAGCAAAAGACUGAUACAUAGGGAUCUUGCGGCCAGAAAUAUCUUAGUAUUUAGCAAGGAUAGAGUGAAGAUAUCAGAUUUUGGAUUAUCAAGAGCAUUGGGUGUUGGGAAGGAUUAUUAUCAGACAAACUACAAUGUGAAUCUCAAGCUCCCAGUGGCAUGGUGUGCUCCAGAAUGCAUCUUGUUUCUUCGCUUCACAUCCGCGAGUGACGUAUGGGCAUUCGGCGUCUGUCUAUGGGAGAUGUUCACCUACGGAUUCCAACCCUGGGCCGCCUUUUCUGGACAGCAGAUCUUGGAAGCCAUUGAUGCUCCUAAUUUCCAGAGACUGGAGCGACCAGAGUGUUGUCCUGAAGCUUACUACACCACCAUGUUGGAGUGCUGGGCCCACGACUUCAAUAACCGACCAAAGUUCAAAGACUUGAGCGCGAAGUUGGCUAGCAUCCGGCCGGAGCAGGUGCAAGCGGCGGUGAAUUUCCAGAAGCCAGAAGAUGGCCGCCGUAACACAUUGCUGGAAUACAAGUCCGGACAAGUCAUUACAGUAUUAGGAAAAGAAAACAUGACGAAGUGCCCCCUAUGGUAUGGGGUCUUGCCCGGCGGUGCUUGUGGCAUGUUCGACCCCACGCACACGAAGCCCUACACUCCGCCAGAGAAAAAUGUAUGUUACGUGUCGGGAUCGUUAUCGCCGCACCCGAUCCGGCAGUCGGCGCGGUCUAUCCGCUCGUCUUUGCUGAGAUCUGAUGUGAAGAGACACACGUACACUGGCAAGCGGACUAUACAGCGCAGCAUGAUCUCCAGCCCACAAGGAGAUGUGAAGCACACGGGCCAUGUCGGCCUCGACGGUGCUUACUUCGGCGAUAUAUCAUUCCUGGACCCUGCCGGUUGCCCACCACGCCAGGUUGUGACGCCGUAUAAGCCGUCAGAAGAUCUGGAACAGGUGCCUCUAAUCAACCCUAACUCACCGUCGCACCUCACUGGAGCCUCGGGGACCACGCCGUACCCCAUGUUGGCUUCUAGCAGACCGGAUGCUAAUAGGACUGACGCCGACGAGGUUGAUCUAUCUUGUGAAGUGAAAAUAAGAAGCUUGAAGAAGAACAGGACGCUGUCUGAGCCUACAACGAGCAAGGGCAUUCUUAGCAAGGUGAGGAGCGCGACUCUUGGCAGGUCACAUAAAGCAGACAACGCCACGGUGCCGAAAACUGACGAAGUACACGAGUAUCAUGAGAUUUCUGAUACUGACACGGAAGGUACUGCUGCGUCGUUACCCAAGUCAGAGCACCUCGCGUUGAGACCUGAGAAUCUUGACAUACUGAAAAGCACGACUGAUUUUAGCCGAAGUUUACUCGAGGAAUUGGACAUUAUGUUCAAGAACCUCGAGUCAAAAAAGGAGGAAUCAAGUACACCAUCUAGACAACCUGAACCCAGUACGAGACCACAUACACUCACUAAAAGCGAACGCAAGAAAGGAUUCUCUACUACUACGAUGAAGCCGAUGUCGGCUCACGACGAGAGAAACCUAGAUACGGCCAUUGCGUUGGCGAACGAGAUUACUUCGAAAUCCAUGAACGACUUGGAAGAUAAAAACUCACAGUCACCGAGCGAAAGGAAGUUUCACUUUCGUUUCGGGCGAUCUGCACAUCACAGUCACACUCAUGACCCUGAGAGAGAACAGUCAACAGGUUACAACCCGCGCAGAAAUUUCAGCGAAGAGGCCAAGAGCGUUCCUGACUUGGCAGCAACUUUGACAGAGGAGUCGAAGUUAGCGUAUACUAGCUUGAUUGAAGAACCAACUCCAUCAACGUCUCUGAUGACACAGAUCGCUAAAGAGACCGGCGGAAUCUUAAAGUCGGCAACGAUCCCAAAGCCCGCCCGCACUACAAUCGUACAGUUCAACAGCCGAACUGUUGGCUCUCCACACCAUACCAGAUCCCCCAUUGGCGAACGACACCCAGAGGAUACCGCAUUUAAUGUAUUGCCUCUGCCUCCGCGCACGACUAAACCAAAAUUAGUGGAUCGGCCACGACACGUGCGGAAGUAUCCACUAAAAUUGGUUGACGAGCCGAAGCCUGUGACUGUACCGCAAGCGAGAGAAUUAAAUAUUUACCAGAAUACUAAAUCUCCAUCGAAAGACACAACAAAGCCCGAAGAAAUAAAAUCAGAAGAUGUUGUAGACACGAUUAAAGACACAAACCCAUUUUUAAAUGCUCCUGGCACGAAAAGUAAAGAUCACGUCUCGGUCGAGGAUCUGCUAGAGUUUGCGGACCAGAAGCCGUGUGGCCGACAACGCGGAGUGGAGUCCGACGAAGUUCGGAUCAUGAGCAAAGUACUCAAAGACGAGGCUAGUCAGGAGCUGUGUUUGGAGGCACUGGAGCUGAGCGGCUGGAACGUUCACAAUGCUAUCAAAUUAGUUCGUGUCAAGGUGUCAGUCGGCACUGACGUGUCCUUCGACAAGUGCCACGAACAACUGCAGAAAACUAACGGGGAUAUCGUCAAAGCUGUCUCCAUGAUGGUCUCCCUCGAUUAACUAACUUAACAUAAAAGGAUUUCAACAGGAAAUCAUGGAAAUAUUAAAUGAAUUAAAUGUAAAUCGAGAAAAUUUGUGUCUUUUAUUUUAUUUUUGCCUUUUUUCCUAUUAAGGUCGGGGUACAAGGUGAUAUAUACUUUUAUUUAUUUUUUUACUUCAAGGAGGCAUCAUUCACAAUUCAAAUUAGUUAAAGUUAUCCUUGACGAUGCAGACUGAGACAGACCAGUAGUACUGAAUUGCUGUUUAAAAUUUUUUCUUUAAUUUGUUGUUUAAAUAUAAGACACAGACAC